CCCCUCUCGCCGGCGGCUGAAGGCAGCAGGUCCGGGCGGGGCCGCGCCGCGGAGCCCACAACCUCGAGCUCCCGCCCCUCCGCCGCGCCCCGCGGGACAAGCUGCGGAGCCCGGCUUGGGGACGAGCGGCCGCGGCGCGGGGCAUGAAGUUGGGCGCGCGCGGGUCUUGGAGCGGAGGCGCGGCACAGCUGGGAGCCGCCCGCGUCUAGAGCCCGUUCGGUGCGCCAUGGAGCUCUGGGGGCCCCGGGCGCCGCAGCCGCCGCUGCUACUGCCGCUGCUGUUGCUCUUAGGGGUCGGCCUCUUGCCUGCUAGCAGCCACAUCGAGACCCGGGCCCAUGCGGAGGAGCGGCUCCUGAAGAGACUCUUCUCUGGCUACAACAAGUGGUCUCGGCCAGUAGCUAACAUCUCAGAUGUUGUCCUUGUCCGCUUCGGCCUGUCCAUUGCUCAGCUCAUUGAUGUGGAUGAGAAGAACCAGAUGAUGACGACAAAUGUGUGGGUGAAGCAGGAGUGGUAUGACUACAAGCUGCGCUGGGUCCCCAGUGACUACGAGAAUGUCACCUCCAUCCGCAUCCCCUCCGAGCUCAUCUGGAGGCCCGACAUCGUACUCUACAACAAUGCAGACGGGGACUUCGCAGUCACCCACCUGACCAAAGCCCACCUGUUCUAUGAUGGGCGGGUGCAGUGGACACCCCCAGCCAUCUAUAAGAGCUCCUGCAGCAUCGAUGUCACCUUCUUCCCCUUCGACCAGCAGAACUGUACCAUGAAGUUUGGGUCCUGGACCUAUGACAAGGCCAAGAUUGACUUGGUGAGCAUGCAUAGCCGCGUGGACCAGCUGGACUUCUGGGAAAGUGGGGAAUGGGUCAUUGUGGAUGCCGUGGGCACCUAUAACACCAGGAAGUAUGAAUGCUGCGCCGAGAUCUACCCUGACAUCACCUACGCCUUCAUCAUCCGCCGGCUGCCGCUCUUCUACACCAUCAACCUCAUCAUCCCGUGCCUGCUCAUCUCCUGCCUCACCGUGCUGGUCUUCUACCUGCCCUCCGAGUGCGGCGAGAAGGUCACCCUGUGCAUCUCGGUGCUGCUCUCGCUCACCGUCUUCCUCCUGCUCAUCACCGAGAUCAUCCCGUCCACCUCGCUGGUCAUCCCGCUCAUCGGCGAGUACCUGCUCUUCACCAUGAUCUUCGUCACCCUCUCCAUCGUCAUCACGGUCUUCGUGCUCAACGUUCACCACCGCUCGCCACGCACGCAUACCAUGCCUGCCUGGGUGCGCAGAGUCUUCCUGGACAUCGUGCCGCGCCUCCUCUUCAUGAAGCGCCCGUCUGUGGUGAAAGACAACUGCCGAAGACUUAUUGAGUCCAUGCAUAAGAUGGCCAAUGCCCCUCGUUUCUGGCCAGAACCGGAGGGUGAGCCUGGCAUCUUGGGUGACACUCGAAACCGAGGCCUGUCAUCGGCCCCAUCUUUCUGCAACCCUCUGACCACACCAGUCGAGGCCCAGCCUACAUGCAAGUCACCCUCUCACAAGGCCCCUGAUUUGCAGACAUCAGAGGUGAAGAAGACCAGUCCCUGUCCAUCACCUGGCCCCUGUCACGCACCCAACAGCACCAGGGUCCCGACACUUGUCAAAGCCAGGUCCCUGAGUGUCCAGCACGUGCCCAGCUCCCAGGAAACGGCAGAGGGUGGCAUCCGCUGCCGGUCUCGGAGUAUCCAGUACUGUGUUUCUCGAGAUGGAGCUGUCUCCCUGGCUGACAGCCAGCCAACUGCCUCCCCUGCCUCCCUGAAGGCCCAUCCACCCCAGCUUCCACUGUCCGACCAGGUCUCUCCAUGCAAAUGCACAUGCAAGGAACCAUCUCCCGUGUCUCCGGUCACUGUGCUCAAGGCCCGAGGCACCAAACCACGCCCCCAGCACCUCCCCCUGUCACCAGCCCUGACGCGGGCAGUAGAGGGUGUCCAGUACAUUGCAGACCACCUCAAGGCAGAAGACACAGACUUCUCGGUGAAGGAGGACUGGAAGUAUGUGGCCAUGGUCAUCGAUCGAAUCUUCCUCUGGAUGUUCAUCAUCGUCUGCCUACUGGGCACUGUGGGCCUCUUCCUGCCCCCCUGGCUGGCUGGUAUGAUCUAGAGGCACAGUAAUGGACAGGCCCACUUGCCCUGGCUCCCUGGUCUCUGUAGGGCCAUGCCACUUGUCAGUUACCCCAUCUUCCAAACCUGCCAUGAAAACCUAGGAAAGAGAUGCGGCUUCUCGGGAGCCAGAAGCUGGCACUGGUUCUAAUCCAGCCACGGGCGUGGUUAGAGCAACUGAGGGCUGGCACAGGGCAGAGUUACAGUCUGAGCCCCUACUGAAAUUUCUCCAGAGCAGGUGAGAAUCACCUCCUGGCCUGCGGACAGCACACACUCAUCUGUGUCUCAGAGACUGGUCCAGGAUUGGUCUCGGUCGGCCUGUGGGGCCACACGAAUUCAUUCCUCAUCAGCAACCAGAGCCCCUCAUCUCGGGGAUUCGUCAGACCCAGGAAACUCCCACUGUGCCCCUGCUGACCACAUCCCCUCUCUCUGCCCCAUGAUGUGCCCCCAUCAACCCUUCAGACUGGGCUGCUCUCUGACUCACCGGUGUCAGAGCUGAGCCCAGGCAAGUUCGGUUUCGUUUAGAUUGGGGUGAAUUGGUAAGAAGCCAAGCUCUGUGCCGUGCGGAUGCCCCAACUCACAGAAGAACUAGGGUAGCAAGGCUGAAGCCCCAUGGGAGCCCUGCAUUCAGCUCAGGGUCACAAGGGUUCUAUAGUGAGUGCCUCCUAGGGACUCGCAACCUCAGGAGGGCAGCAUUGGGAGUCUCAGGGUGGUGAGGGAGCCAGAUCACGUCCAGGUCCUGGGCUGCAGGUCCCCUCAGGGAUCUUCGUUGAUGCCCCUGCAUGUUUCUUCCUCUCUGGGAUAAAAGACUGAAGGUAGGACUUCUCAUCCUGGCCCUGUGGUGAGGCCACAGCUCGCUUGAGCACAUCUUGUACGAGAGACCUGGGGCUCUCAAGGCAAGCAGGAAUAAUGGGAAGCCCCAGUCUGCCUUGCACUUAGGUUGUAGGGCUCCUCCUCCCCUUCCCAAGAUAGCACCAGACAACAUCACUGGAAAAUCCCCAGUGAUGGGCUGGGAGAAGCACCUUCUGUGCCCACCCCUGUGAGAUUCCAUUGGGUGAAGGGCAGAGUGAGGGAGACACCCAAGAAAUUAUCCUGUGCCGUGGUCACCGUGGUCACCGUCCUGCUGUCCCCAACAGACAGGUGGCCUUGGCAGAGCUGGGCCCUGCACCCUCAGCCAGCUUGUCCUAGGCCCUGAAGCUGGAUUGUUUGGAUAGUUCUGAGGACCGAAGAAAUAAAAGAACUUAAUGAAGUCUGGAACCAACACACCAAGCUCCCAGGAGGUACAGCUGCUACCUCCGAGCUGAAUGAUAUCAGGACGGAGGUAUGCCAAAGGGCCAGCACUGUCUUUACCUGUACCUGUGGGCAAACCUGCAUUUGGACACAGCUGCUGGGCAUCCCAGGGUGCCGCUGGGAAAGGAACCCUGAACUGGAGACCUCAGGACAUUUGUGUGUACAAGAAGGGCCUGCAGAGGCCUGGGUUCUGAACUCUGGAUGUUCUGGGCCUCCCCUAGAGUCCUACGGGCAUCAAGGACCCCCAUCUCCUAUGUUUCAAUCUGUCCUCACUCUGCUGGCUGACUGGGCUGCUAAGCCCCACACUGGAGCCCUCAGGGUGUUGCAAGAUAACCCUGGUGGGGAAAUUUGUUCCAGAACCUGGGAGCCAAGGGGAACACAAACCUCUGUGAGGAAGACAGCAGACACACCUGUUAGAUAUGAGUUCCACCUGCUGCAUACACGGCUCCAACCUCAAGAUUUGCAGGCAGUGGUAGCGAUCAGGGCAAGGCCACAGUGGCACACUGUACAGAGAGGGCUGCUCUGCUACUCUCUUCUGGGUCAGAAAAAGCGAAUCCCACUGGCACACAGAAAUCAGGAAAGGAAAAUAAAGCACCGUGUUCUCCCCAUUCCCACUCAGCUGUCCUUUUGUCUGCCUGCUUCCGGUGUUGCUCUCUGGUCAAGAUGAAGUUCAGUUAGGGCAGAAUGCUUGAUCUGAGGCCUUUGUGCCAGUGAGCUUUAAAAAUCAGCAUGGUCCCAGUCCUUCUGAUAUGUGGAUGUUAUCUCCCCAAAGCUCCCAGCCCUCCCAUUCCUCCCCUUCCAUGGACAGCAUCAACUCAAAUGUGAGUCCCGGGCAUCAUGUGUCCGGGAUGCCUGGCUUCUUUCACUUGUGUGGCCAAAACUCAUCUGCUGUGCUGUGUGCACUAAACUUAUGGCUGCUGUGUGCUUGUUGGUUCUUAGUUCUUGUUUCUGUCUGAAUAAACCGACUUGUGGUGUCUUCCCUUCUGUGUGUUGUCAGUCAAGAUGCUGUUGACCAAGUUCCUGUGUUCAUGUCUGUGGGCAUGUUUGUCAUUUCUCUUUGUGUUAACGUGCUUCUUUGAUUUCUGUAUGCUAUGAUGUCUUAACAUGUUGGGGGCUUAUCAGACUCAAGGCUGCUGCUUCCAUGGCCAAACAAUUUCUAGUGCUCAGCUUGCUUGGAGCCUCCCACCUCAUGGCUGAUGGGCCAUCGACAGUAGCACCUCUUCCUUACAAACUUACAUCAGAGCCAGCCACAAAGGCAAAGAAAACUAGAGACCCCUUUGUAGCCAGGAGUCUGAGGAAGUGUCCAGACUACCCCAGGCUGUGUCCUCUGUGCAACCUGAGCCUCUCACAGAAACACUCGUGAGAAUGGUACCACUUCCUUCCCUCAUCCCUUCCUCCACUGAUGGCCCUGGUAUCCCCUAUUCCUAGCACAACAUUGUCUUGGUAGUUGCAGCUGACACCCUUCCUGUCGUGCCAUCAACUAGGGGAGUCCCUUGUCUCCCCCAGUAAACUAAGAUUGGGGUGCAGAGCCAAUAGAAAACUCAUCCUAUAGGGUGGAAGUGGCCCCACUGUUGCCUUAGCUCUUGGGCACUGGUGCAUUUCCACUAGAAACACCUGAGAGUCCAGGGUUUUAACUCUGGGCCUCCUGCCACCCACGCAGAUUGAGAUUCAUUGGCACAAAGUCACUAACUGGUCCUGGAAUUGUCCUGACCUUUGGGGGGAACACGGGGAUCCCUGGUAUGUCUCCAUGGUGCGCACACAGGUUUUUACAAAAGCUACAGGAGAACACCCUUGGGCUCCUGCUGCUUGAUUCUAGUCUCUCCUGUUUCAAUCUGUAGAAAAAUGCCAGUUGCAGCUCCCCAGAUUGAUUCGCUGACCCACAGCUGGAAGCACACCGCGAAGCACACCGCUCAGGACACAAUACCAAGGGGAAGGGUGGAAUUGUCAGGCACUGGGGUUUGUCCUGGGAUUUAGGUGAUUUAAAAAACACUUUCCACUCAAAUGUGCUGUUUACUCUGGCUGGUUGCAGCUAGGAGUUUUCAUUACUUUAAUCCCUGCCUGAC